GCACCCGUUCCGGGAAGAUCUCGGCUGCUCAGAUGAUGGCCAAGCCGUGCCAAGCAUCAGCAGGUAGGGGAGAUCAGCUACCCCACGCUGACCUGACAGUGACUGCAGAGGAGCAUGUGGAUGAAGAGAGGUAUUACCAGCUGUACCCAGGGCACAUCCCCACCAGCCCUCUGCAGAAAGCACUGCUGUCUGCUGGCUCAGCAUUUAUGGCUCUCUACAACCCCUACCGGCAUGAUAUGGUGGCAGUCCUUGGUGAGACAACUGGCUCUUCAGCCCUGCGGAGCCUGAGGGACAAAAUGAGGCAUGACCCUGAAGGUUAUCAGAUCCUACAAGAGCGGCCUCGGAUCCGGCUCUCCACCCUGGACGUGACUGGGCUCCGGGGGCUGCCGGAUGGAACGUUUGGCCGAGAAUAUGUCCGGUUUUUGGACAGCAAUAGGGUUUCUCCGGACACCAGGAUGCCGGUCAAGUUUGUUGAUGACGAGGAGCUGGCCUAUGUGAUCCAGCGGUACCGUGAGGUCCAUGACCUGAUGCACACUCUCCUCGGCAUGCCCACCAACAUGCUUGGGGAGGUUGUGGUGAAGUGGUUCGAAGCUGUUCAGACUGGCCUGCCCAUGUGCAUUCUGGGAGCGGUGUUUGGCCCGGUUCGUCUCAAUGCCCGGAAGCUGCAGAUCCUGACCACAGAGCUUAUUCCCUGGGCUGUUCAGAGCGGCCGCAAUGCCAGCUGCGUCCUGAAUUUCUACUACGAGAACCGCUGGGAGCAGACAGUGGAGUCCCUGAGGGAGGAGAUUGGAAUCUUACAUCCCCCUGCUAUUUGUGUGUAAAAGUCUGGGGGGCAGGCGGGCAUAGUGGGCUUCACACCCGCAGGAUGGAUCCUCACUGGGCACCGUACAUGAGGAGCAAUGAAUAAACCCUUUGCAGGUUCAAGUCUCCUGGGAAUUCUCCUACAGCAGUUGAGGGCACCAGUCUGCCCAAAUGAGAUGCUGGGUUGCCAACUUGCCAGGAAUGUAAGGGCUGCACCCAGGGCCAGAUUCAUUGCUGUUGUAAGCAGCUGCAGCUCUGCUGAUGUCAGUGAAGUUGCACUUUCACACCCCUAAGGUGAAUUUGAACCCGGUGGCUGUCUUAGUCCUCAGCGUAGAGAUAUGGCCCAUGGAGAUAAGUCCCACCAUGCAGUGUACCAGCUAGACCCUAGCAGAGGCUGGGACAUGGAGUCUCCAUGCGCUGCGUGUCUUCACAAGACCCCAUGGUAGAGCCCCGUGGUCUGCAUUCAGUUAUCCCUGUAUACUGGAGUGGGGAAGAUGGGAAGCAGAGCUGGGUUAAAGUAGCACUGAAACUAUCUAGUAACUUUUGGCUUCUGGUUGCUAUAACAUUCCCUAGGUGAAUACCUACCCCCCCUUGGGAGCUGAGACAAUUAAUUCCCUAGGGGACCAUUCUACCCCAGUUAAAGCCAGUUGUUUUACAAAACAGCACCGGGACAGACUAUGACAAAAUGACAGCUGAUCAGCAGGAGUGCUCUGCCCCCAGCUGUACUGACUUGCACUGAUGGAGGCUGUAGGAAUGUAUUUUGUGUCUCUGGUACAGCUCGAUCGACCAAUCGCAUACCCGCUUUGGCAGCUGGGAAGCAGUUAGGCGCUCGGUCAGUCACAGCGAAACCAAACCCCACUGAGUUGGGAGGGCAUGUGUGUCAGUGUGUCAAUUGCUGCAUACCAUUUAAAAUAAACAAAAUCCACCACCGGCAUCCCCCUCGCUGACUGUCUCAGCAGCCAGGCCAAGGAUUGAAUGGGCCACGGGGCCUGAGCUCCCCUCUCGUCCCCAACUGGGUCCCUUCCAGUUUACAAUAGAGGCACAGUGACCGGCUUGCCAGGGGGAAGCACUUACUGACCCUGUCCAGGCUCUACCUGCUCCGAGGAGAGAAGAUUUCAGUCCCCACUAAUUCCACAUGAUCUUGGCUUUGUUUUCAAUAGCAAAAUAGCGCUCAGUGUGCUCCAGCGCGUGAGGCUGUAUAUCUGCAGAACGGAGGGAGGGAGAAUGAGGUGAUGAAUCCCACAGGGAAUGGAAUGCUGAGAUUGCACACGCUGUUUGUGCUGGGUCAGUGUUUAUAAACUGAUUUCUGUGCGGUGUAACUAAGUUGGGUUCCACACUUAUAAGGCAAAUAACAAAGCCCAGAUUGAAUAGUUCUCGGUGCUGGGCUGGGACGCACCAAAGCAGGAUGUAUUUUAAUGUGGCGUUUUGAGGCUGACGUUCCUUUUUCAUGAAUAAAAUCCCUGGUGACA